AUGGUGAAUGAUGAUAUAAUUAAACCUGAUUCAGGUAAGGAUAAUCGUAGUACAAUAGCCAACUUUGGAAUGCUUGAUAAUUUUUUCGAAAAUAUGUAUGAACAAAUGAAUAAAAUAGAUCAAUAUCAUCAUGAUAUGAGUAGGAUGAUGAAUUCAUUAAGGGAAUGUUAUUUUGGUAAUGAUUAUUUUAAUAAAUAUUUUCCUGAAAGAAGAUCAUUAUUAGAUUAUGAUUUUCGAAAAAAUAGAAAUACAGAGUUAUUUUUUCCUAAACCUCAUAGUAUUUUUAGAGGAUAUAAAAAUAUGCCACCAAUGGAUGUUAUUGAUAAAGAUAAAGAAAUUGAAAUAAAAAUGGAUGUUCCUGGUUUAAAUAAGGAAAAUGUACAAAUUAAUUUAUGCAAUGGACGUCUAGAAAUUAGUGGUGGUAGUCAAAAGACAGAAGAAACAAAAAAUGAAGAACAUAGAUAUUAUGUAAAAGAAAGAAUGGAAUCCUCUUUUUAUAGAUCCUUUACAUUACCUGAAAAUGUAUGUGAAGACAAUAUUAAAGCUACUUUUAAAGAUGGAGUUUUAAAAAUUGGUAUACCUAAAAAAGAAAUUUCAGAAAAAAAAAAAAUUGAAAUUGAAUAA